AUGAAUAUUUAUCUCGUAACAUGCAACACAUCUGAUGAACAACAAGAAACAGUCUCUAGUAUUGAUCAGCCAACUGAAUUACGAACGCCAGACAUAUAUCAUGUAAACAAUCCGUUUAGCCUUUCUCAACCAUCAAAAAUAUUAAAUUUUAAUGAAGACCAAACGAACAACUUAGAAUUAAGAGCUGAUUUAACCUUGUCGACUGAUUCUAUCAGUGACAUUUCAGAUGACGUUUUUGGAGAUGAAACACUGUCGUUUAUGGAUGAAUCAUUUCCUUUAUCUCCCAUCUUACCAGUUUCACCAUCAACGACUCAAAUAAGUAAUGCUCUCGUGGUAGAAUCAACAGAAUGGUUUAUUGUCAAUCCGCUAACAAACAAACGUCGCCGUCCUUUAUUAUACGAAUUUUUACAAAUAGUACUGGACGAUCCUCGAUACUGUGAGUAUGCUUCGUAUGCUAAUAAAAAUAAGGGCAUAUUCAAACUUCAUAAACCAAAUGAAAUAGCUGCACUAUGGAAAAAUGCAAAGGGACGAAAUGCAGCACAUGAUAUGACGUAUGACAAACUGGCACGAGCUCUACGAUUUUAUUAUAAAAAAGGUUUUAUGAUGCAAACUCAUGGUCAUUAUACAUUCCAAUUUGGACCAAAAUCUGGUUUUGGCACUUUAUGGAAACCGAAAGAUUAA